UUUAUUUAUUUUGGGAAAAAGGAAGGACACGUCAGGUCAUAAACACGACGAUGGCCUUCAAUGGAGAAAAUGCAACAAAUAAACGAACCCCAAUCGCAUUCUUAUUGGAACUGGAUUUCAAACUUCAAUUUCAUUCAUUGGCCCUUCGACCUCUUCCAGAGCCACUGCCACCCCAACACCGACUCUUCAAUAAUCAAUAAUUAAAUUAAAUCAUCACUAUUAUUAUAUUAUAAUAAUAAAUUUUUAUUUUAUCUAUAAACCCAUCAAUCAAUGCCUUCUUCAGUUCGCAGACUCACAAUGGCAACUAUCACUAACUCCUUAUCACUGAAACACACUCUCUCUUUUGGUUUUCCCCAAUCAAAAACUCUAACUCGGAAUCGAAUUCCUCCUUCUUCCAAUUCCCUCGCAUUCAGAUGUUACGCUUCUUACGCAAAUGAGAAUCGCGAGUAUGUGAUUGUUGGCGGAGGAAACGCUGCCGGAUACGCUGCUCGCACUUUCGUCGAACACGGUGUUGCCGAUGGUCGCCUUUGUAUUGUAACCAAAGAGGCAUUUGCACCUUACGAGCGUCCUGCUUUAACCAAAGCUUACUUGUUCCCACCGGACAAGAAACCGGCACGUCUUCCUGGGUUUCACACUUGUGUUGGAUCCGGUGGAGAAAGGCAAACUCCUGAGUGGUAUAAAGAGAAAGGGAUAGAGAUGUUGUAUGAAGAUCCAGUAGAAAAUGUUGACAUUGAAAAGCAAACUUUGACAACAAGUUCUGGAAAGCUUCUUAAGUAUGGAUCACUUAUUAUUGCUACAGGAUGUACAGCCUCAAGGUUUCCAGCAAAAAUUGGGGGAGAUCUAUCUGGUGUUCACUAUAUUCGGGAUGUUGCAGAUGCUGAUGCACUGAUUUCAUCGUUGGGAAAAGCAAAAAAGGUUGUAGUUGUUGGAGGAGGUUAUAUAGGGAUGGAGGUCGCCGCAGCAGCUGUUGCUUGGAAUCUUGAUACAACAAUCAUAUUUCCAGAAGAUCACCUUUUACAAAGAUUGUUCACUCCUUCUCUUGCCCGGAGGUAUGAAGAACUUUACCAAAAGAAUGGAGUCAAAAUAUUGAAGGGUGCAUCCAUUAAAAAUUUGGAAGCUAGUUCUAAUGGUAACGGGCAUGUAGCUGCUGUGAAACUUGGAGAUGGAUCUAUUGUUGAAGCAGAUACGGUAAUUAUAGGCAUUGGAUCGAAGCCUGCUGUGGGUCCCUUUGAGAGGGUGGGUUUGAAUACUGAUGUUGGUGGUAUAAAGGUUGAUGGUCAGUUCCGGACAAGCAUUCCUGGAGUAUUUGCUGUCGGUGAUGUAGCCGCGUUCCCUUUAAAGAUCUACAACCGUAUUGCUCGGGUGGAACAUGUUGAUCAUGCUCGGAGAUCAGCACAGCACUGUGUGAAAGCAUUACUCAGUGCACAAACUAACACGUAUGAUUAUCUUCCAUACUUCUAUUCAAGGGUUUUUGAAUAUGAAGGGAGCCUUAGAAAAGUAUGGUGGCAGUUCUUCGGAGACAAUGUUGGAGAAACAGUCGAAAUUGGAAACUUUGAUCCUAAAAUAGCUACUUUUUGGAUUGAAUCUGGUAAGCUGAAGGGAGUUCUUCUUGAAAGUGGGAGCCCUGAGGAAUUUCAGCUUCUGCCUGAACUAGCCAGAAGUCAGCCACCAAUUGAUAAAGCCAAACUUCAAAACGCAAGCUCAGUGGAGGAGGCCCUAGACAUUGCUCGAGGAUCCUUGAAAGCAGCUGUCUAGAACAGAUUUUGGUCACAGAUCAUCCUGUUAUUUAUCUUUUACGACUAAAGAUCACCCGUGAUUAUCUGUCAUCAUCCUACUAGGAUUGCUUGCCCUUUAGGAGAGCGAACAAAUUUUCAUGGUUGUCACAUUUUCAUCACGCGGCAUCAUGUAUUAUUAUGUAAUAAUAAUGGUUUUCUAGCGUAGUGUCUUGUUUCUGCAGAGGCAAAAUAAUUUAUAUCUAGCGCCAUCUGGCGUCUAUGAAAUUUCUUAAUAAUAAUUUAAUACACCCUUUGUCUUUAUUA